CUCAAAAGUAUUUAUGACUUGAUUGAACAUACUGCAGCUGCAAAAUAAGAAUUAUUAAAAAUUUUCCUCUCUUUCUCUCUCUAUCUUUCUUUCUCUCUCUCUUCUUCUGUAGUCUUAGCUUGCACCUCUCUCUCUCUCUCUCUCUCUAUUUCAGUUUCUCUCUCUAAAAGUAUAUUAUUAUUAUUAUUAUUAUUAUUAUUGCCGCUUGCUUGCUUGCUCCAGUUUUUUUAUAGAGAUGGGGAAGGAGAAGGCUUUGCUUUCGGCCAAACCUUGAAAUUUGGCCUCGUCUAUGCACUAAUAGGGCAGCUAGCUACAACAAUUAGAUCUGGGAUUUUAUUAUUGCACUUGUUUUGGGUACUAGGUUGUUGUUUGUGUUCUUGCAAGGGACGACAUAAAUAAAUAAAUAAAUAUACAUAUGUAUGUAUGUAUGUAUAUGUAAAUUGGGAUUCUUGUUGAUCGAUUGGGGGAAUUUUUGGAUUUGUGUUUGGGGGAAUUUUUGAUUUUUUUGAAAAAGAGGAGAAUUUGGGGUCUGAGAAAUGUGGGAUCUCAACGAUUCGCCGGAUCGGCGACGGGACGGCGAAUCGGAGGAGUGCUCCGAGGAGAAGGGUAAACGGGUCGGAUCCGUCUCGAAUUCGAGCUCGUCGGCGGUGGUUGUGGAGGACGGGUCGGAGGAGGAGGCCGACGGGGAGAGGGGCGGCCGGAAGCGGAGCAGCAAGAUAUUUGGGUUCUCCGUCGCCGGCGACGAGGCGGCGCCGGUGACGCGGCAGUUCUUUCCGGUGGAUGAUCCGGAACUGGAAACGGGUGAGGGUACGCCCGGGUUCCCCCGGGCUCACUGGGUCGGAGUCCGGUUCUGCCAGUCGGACCCUCAGGGCCGCGGCGGCGGAGCCGCCGCCACCGCCGCCCUCCUGGGGAAGCCGGCGGCUGAGAUGGGCCAUCAGCCUCUGAAGAAAAGCCGCCGGGGACCGAGGUCCCGGAGCUCGCAGUACCGCGGCGUCACGUUUUACCGGAGAACCGGGCGUUGGGAGUCCCACAUAUGGGACUGUGGCAAACAAGUUUACUUAGGUGGAUUCGACACAGCCCACGCAGCUGCCCGAGCAUACGAUAGGGCAGCAAUAAAGUUCAGAGGAGUGGAAGCCGACAUAAACUUUAGCUUAGAGGAUUAUGAGGACGACUUAAAACAGAUGAGCAAUCUAACCAAGGAGGAAUUUGUGCAUGUCCUAAGGAGACAAAGUACAGGGUUUCCAAGAGGGAGUUCUAAGUAUAGAGGUGUUACUUUGCACAAAUGUGGCAGAUGGGAGGCAAGAAUGGGCCAGUUUUUAGGCAAAAAGUAUGUUUAUUUGGGUCUUUUUGAUACUGAGAUUGAAGCUGCUAGGGCUUAUGAUAAAGCUGCAAUAAAAUGCAAUGGGAAGGAGGCAGUGACCAAUUUUGAUCCCAGCAUUUAUGACGAUGAGCUCAAGGCCGCAGAAUCUUCGACCAGUGCAGCAGCAGCAGCAGCAACAGCAGAAGAAGACGACCAUAAUCUUGACCUGAGUUUGGGAAACUCUUCAGCUUCUCAAAAUCCCAAUUCUUUCCAGAUCGAUUGGAGAUCUUCCAACCCCAAUCAGAGAAGAGAGCAGAUUGAUCAUGGCGGAGGAUCAUACAACGAGACAGAAACUUUGCAGCUUCUCAGCCAAACAAAUCUCAACAAUUCUCCCAAAAUUCAACAAACCAAAUUCGGGAGGAAGACGACGACGAUGAUGAUCAACGACCCCCAAAUUCAUCUCCACCAGCAAAUCUUCACCAGAAAUCACUACGCUGUCCCUCACCACCAGCAGAGUCAAUUUUCCGAUGGGAGAAAUUACGAAAUGUUGCAACAACAACAAUGGCAAAUGAAUCAUCGUCAUCAUCAAAAUUAUCAUCAUCUUCAGCAGCAGCCACAAUUGUAUGCUACUGCUGCAGCAUCAUCAGGAUUCCCGACGACGACGGCGGCGGCGACGACAAUCCGACAGCAAAAUUGGAUUCAGAAAAAUGGGAUUCAUCCGCUUAUCAGGCCUUCUUCAUGAUCUUUUACAUAUAUAUAUAUAUAUGUAUGUGAAAUUUUAUAUAUUUAUUUAUAUAUAUAUAUAUAUGAGAAUUAAUUAAUAUCUAUCUAUCUAUCUAUCUGGUCGAGUUUUUCUGAUGUCACAAUUUUUUUGUGCAACCUUGGAGGAAUGAAAACAAAGAAUUAAAUGGUGUCUCUAUUUAUCUGUCUGUAUGCAGAGAU